UACAAGCCUUUUUGUUCCGUUUCAGGAGUCUCUCUUCCCUGCGCUCCUUCGAUCUGCUCGACUCUCUUAACCCCAACUCGUUGUUGUUUCUUCGAUUCGUCACUUCUUCCCAGUGAGAUAUUGACCGGCCGGAGAUGUGGCAGUGGCAGAGGCCCUACAGGAAAAGCGGUGAUGUCGAGGGCGGUACGGCGCCCCUCUACCCGAUGAUGCUCGAGAGCCCUGAAUUGCGAUGGGCGUUCAUCAGGAAGAUCUACUCCAUCCUUACCAUCCAGCUCCUCCUUACCAUCGCCGUCGCGGCGGUCGUCAUUACCGUGCGCCCGAUCUCUCUGUUCUUCGUCUCUACCACCGCCGGCCUCGUUCUUUACAUUGUUAUCAUCAUCCUGCCUUUCAUUCUUCUUUGCCCUCUAUAUUUCUACCAUCAGCGUCAUCCAGUCAAUCUGCUUCUUCUUGGAUUGUUUACAGUCUCUAUAAGCUUUCUCAUCGGUUUGACAUGCGCCUUCACCAGUGGCAAGGUUAUCCUUGAAGCUGCAAUUCUGACUGCUGUGAUGGUCGUGAGCUUGACACUCUACACGUUCUGGGCAGCAAGACGGGGCCAGGACUUUGGGUUUCUCGGUCCAUUCCUGUUUGGCGCUUUGUUUAUUCUCAUAAUCUUUGGCAUGAUCCAGAUUUUCUUUCCUUUAGGGAAGAUUACCACAAUGAUCUAUGGCGCCCUCGCAGCCAUCAUCUUCUGCGGCUACAUUGUCUACGACACAGAUAAUCUGAUCAAGCGAUAUACUUAUGAUGAAUACAUCUGGGCCGCAAUCGCACUCUACUUGGAUAUCAUCAAUCUGUUCCUUGCCCUCCUCACUGUGUUCCGCGCAUCUGAUAGUUGAAAUGGAUUGUAAUCGACAUCUUAAUCAGCAGACCACCGUAUUUUUCUUCAGUGGUGCACAGAUCUUCCUGGUUAACUUUGGAAAAAUUGUGGAUUUGUAAAGAGCAAAAGAAUUGGAAACUAUAAGUACCGUGCAAUUGCAAAUUUAGUUCUGUUUAA